AUGGCUCUCAUACACCUUUUGCAGCGCAAACCGGACGGCGAGAUCGUCUUUCGCGAACCUACCAGCGGCGAUGUCCCUGCCUACGCAAUACUCUCUCAUACAUGGGGAAAAGAGGAGGUCAACUUUCAGGACAUGGAAGCCAACGCGGACAUGAGCAAGACUGUGAGCAAGGCUGGGUGGAGGAAGAUAGAGUUCUGCGCGAAGCAGGCCGCAAGUGAUGGACUACGAUACUUCUGGGUAGACACCUGCUGCAUCGAUAAGAAGAAUGCGGUCGAGCUCGGCGCGGCGAUCAACUCUAUGUUUCGGUGGUAUCAGAACGCUGCGCGCUGCUACGUCUACCUUUCGGAUGUCUCCAAACUCGACAACAAAGCAGAUGGCAAAAUGGCAUGGGAAGAGGCCUUCAGGACGAGUCGAUGGUUUACCCGAGGCUGGACGCUUCAAGAGCUUAUUGCACCAAGGCUGGUUGACUUCUUCAGCUUGGAGGGUGAGCGACUUGGGAGCAAAUUAUUGCUUGAGUCCGAGAUACACGAGAUUACCAGCAUCGCAAAGAAUGCUCUCCGAGGCGAUGCAUUGUCGAAUUUUAGCAUUAAAGAGCGGAGGUCCUGGGCAGAGCGCCGCAAUACCACAAUUGAAGAGGAUGAAGUGUACUGUUUAGUCGGGAUCUUUAAUGUUUCCAUGGUGCCAAACUAUAGGGAGAGAAGGGAUCAAGCAUUCCGGCGGCUAGAGGAAGAGAUUCACAGGUUAUACAAGGGUGUCGAUUUCGAACAAUUUGCCGUCGGGCUCAACCUUGCGUCAUUUCCUGAAGCUGCACAGUUUGUUGCCAGAGAGAAGGAGCUGUUGAAGAUGCAUGAGCUGCUUCAUGGUCAUAGUAGCCGAUCGGCAGUCGUCCUUCACGGGCUUGGAGGAAUUGGAAAGACUCAGCUGGCGGUCGAAUACGUCAGACGACACAAGGAGAAAUACACGGCGAUAUUCUGGCUGAAUGCGAAUAAUGAAGAUUCUCUUCGGCUGAGCUUUCGAAGCAUUGCUCAGCAAGUCCUGAAACAUCAUCCUUCGACUAGAGUACUUAUCAAUGUGGAUUUGGAAGGAGACCUUGAUCGAGUGGUCAAUGCAGUCAAAGCCUGGCUCGAUCUCCGGGAAAACACACAUUGGCUGAUGACCUAUGACAAUUACGACAAUCCCAGAACCUCUAACGAUUCCGACCGCUCAGCGGUGGAUGUGCGUCGAUAUUUACCAGAAACUGACCACGGCUCGAUCAUCAUCACGACGCGGUCAGCGAGUGUUACCCAAGGUCGACGUCUCCACGUUCAGAAGUUGACAGGACCUGAGGACGGGCUCAAGAUCUUGUCGAACAUGUCUGGAAGGGAGGGUAUUGAAAACGCGCUCGUCAUGAAGCUAGAUGGCCUGCCUCUUGCUCUCUCCACGGCUGGGGCAUAUCUAGAGCACGUGACCACAAGCUUCGCGGAGUAUCUUCGGCUAUAUGAGGCAUCAUGGCUGAAACUCCAGAUGACGAGUCCAAGGUUAAGUUCAUAUGAAGACCGAUCACUGUACACGACAUGGCAGGUCACCUUUGAUCGGAUUCGAAAACAGAAUGCGGCCUCAGCCCAAUUGCUUAAGCUGUGGGCAUAUUUUGAUAAGCAAGACGUGUGGUUUGAACUUCUUCAACAUGCAUGCUCUGCGGACAAUAAGUGGAUACGGAAGCUUACUGAGGACAAAUUGAACUUUAACGAGGCAGUUCGACUGCUAUGCGAAUACGGUCUGGCUCAUACAGAACCUUCACUUCGACAGCCGUCUGGAUCCGCAGGGUAUGGUGUGCAUAGCUGUGUGCACUCGUGGAUGAUAUCUGUAUUGAACGGCGAGUGGGACAAUGGCUUAGCAAGGCUAGCCCUGACUUGCGUGGCAUCUGAAGUUCCUAGCACGGAUGUAGACAAGUGGUGGCUCCUACAGCAGCGGCUCCUUCAACAUGCUGCAAGACAUGAACAUUUCAUCACGGACGGCAACGUGGGUAUUGAGGGAAUAGAAUGGGUGCUGCACAACCUACGCUUGCUCUACGCCGACCAAGGCAAGCUGGCCGACGCGGAGGCCAUGUACACUCGGGCGCUGCAAGGCAACGAGGAGGCACUUGGACCGAAGCACACAUCGACACUCAAUACGGUCAACAACCUAGGCAACCUCUACAAGAACCAAGGCAAGCUGGCCGAUGCGGAGGCCAUGUACACUCGGGCGCUGCAAGGCUACGAGGAGGCACUUGGACCGAAGCACACAUCGACACUCAAUACGGUCAACAACCUAGGCAACCUCUACAAGAACCAAGGCAAGCUGGCCGACGCGGAGGCCAUGUACACUCGGGCGCUGCAAGGCUACGAGGAGGCACUUGGCCCUCAACUCGUGCCAUCGUACUUACCAGCGUUGAAUACCAUGUUCGCCUUUGGCAACCUCUUCUCGCUGAUAGGUCGGAUAGACUUAGCGAAAGCAAUGUACAGUCGGGCAUUAGCUGGAUACACAACCGUCCAAGGACCUUCUUCGAAAUGGUGUAGGCGGCUUAAAGAUCGACUUCAGGCGUUGCAAGUUGCGUCUAUUGAGCCGAAAGCAGGCCAAGAUGAGUCUACAGAGAUUGGAGCGCCAAAGUCGAGGUCUCUUAAGCGGAGACAUUCCACAAGCUGGGAAGGUGGUUGAACGCAGG